GAAGUGGGGUAUACCUCAGGCUCUGACAUAAAGGUACCCACUCCCCGCAGCCUUUAGGCCGAGAGCUUCGUUCUUCCAAUUCAACCCAGCAUCUUUGUUUAGCACAUAUCUUAACUACUUCACAAAACAUACCCGGAACAUCACAAUGUCUCAGAACGGUGCACAAGCCGUCGUUCUCUACCCCCGCAAGGACGGAGCGACGUUCGACCUUGACUACUACCACGCCACACACAUGCCGCUCGUCCAGGACACAUGGACACAGCACGGUCUUCAGUCUUUCAGCAUCAUCCAGCUGGCCCCAGACAACCAAUACAGCAUCGCCGCGAUUCUGAACUUCGAGAGCCAGGAGCACUUGGGCAAGGCAAUGGGAGACCCGGCCACGAAGAAGGUCAUGGACGAUAUCCCCAACUUCAGCAGCGAGCAGCCCGUUAUUGUUGCAGGCAAUGUUACUCUUCGGGGAUAGGUGCGGGAAUCGGAUGGUGAAGAAGUAGGCUGUAUGGAUGCAAUGGAGGGG